AUGGGGGAGAAGCUGGAGCUGAGGCUCAAGUCGCCCGUGGGGGCCGAGCCCGCCGUCUACCCGUGGCCGCUGCCGGUCUACGACAAACACCACGAUGCUGCUCAUGAAAUCAUCGAGACCAUCCGAUGGGUCUGUGAGGAAAUCCCAGACCUCAAGCUUGCUAUGGAGAAUUACGUCCUAAUCGACUACGACACCAAAAGCUUUGAAAGCAUGCAGAGGCUCUGUGACAAGUACAAUCGGGCCAUUGACAGCAUCCACCAGCUGUGGAAGGGAACCACGCAGCCCAUGAAGCUGAACACACGGCCAUCCAAUGGGCUCCUGCGGCACAUCCUGCAGCAGGUUUACAACCACUCAGUGACGGACCCUGAGAAGCUCAACAACUACGAGCCCUUCUCCCCAGAGGUAUAUGGGGAAACCUCCUUUGACCUGGUCGCACAGAUGAUUGACGAGAUCAAGAUGACUGAGGACGACCUAUUUGUGGACCUGGGAAGUGGAGUGGGCCAGGUCGUGCUGCAAGUCGCCGCGGCCACCAACUGCAAACAUCACUACGGAGUCGAGAAAGCAGACAUCCCAGCCAAGUACGCGGAGACCAUGGACCGAGAGUUCAGGAAGUGGAUGAAAUGGUAUGGAAAAAAGCAUGCAGAAUACACACUGGAAAGAGGUGAUUUCCUCUCGGAGGAAUGGAGAGAGCGGAUCGCCAACACAAGUGUUAUAUUUGUGAAUAACUUUGCCUUUGGUCCUGAGGUGGAUCACCAGCUGAAGGAGCGAUUUGCAAACAUGAAGGAAGGUGGCAGAAUUGUGUCCUCGAAGCCCUUUGCACCUCUGAACUUCAGAAUAAACAGUAGAAACUUGAGUGACAUCGGCACCAUCAUGCGCGUCGUGGAGCUCUCGCCCCUGAAGGGCUCAGUGUCGUGGACGGGGAAGCCCGUCUCCUACUACCUGCACACCAUCGACCGCACCAUACUUGAAAACUAUUUUUCUAGUCUGAAAAAUCCAAAACUCAGGGAGGAACAAGAGGCAGCUAGGCGCCGGCAGCAGCGAGAAAACAAGAGUAAUACAACCACCCCCACGAAGGUGCCUGAGAGCAAGGCGGCUGUGCCUGCGGACACCUCUGUGGAUUCUGGUGCUGAGGAAGAGAAAGCAGCGACCACCGCUAUCAAGAAGCCAUCGCCCUCCAAAGCUCGGAAGAAGAAGCUGAACAAGAAGGGCCGGAAGCUGGCUGGCCGGAAGCGCGGACGGCCCAAGAAGAUGAGCACUGCGAACCCCGAGCGUAAGCCCAAGAAGAACCCUACUGCACUGGACCUCCUGCACACCCAGACUGUGUCCCAGGCAGCGACGCCCUCGCCACAAGAUGCAUACAAGUCACCUCACAGCCCAUUUUAUCAGCUACCUCCCAGCGUGCAACGGCACCCCCCUGACCAGCUGUUGCUGGCACCCACCCCGCCUGGACUACAGAAGCUGCUAGAGUCCUUCAAGAUUCAGUAUCUGCAGUUCCUGGCGUACACGAAGACCCCUCAGUACAAGGCCAGCCUGCAGCAGCUGCUGGACCAGGAGAAGGAGAAGAAUGCCCGGUUGCUGGGUGCCGCACAGCAGCUGUUUGGUCACUGCCAGGCCCAGAAAGAAGAAAUAAAGAAGCUUUUUCAGCAGAAACUGGAUGAGUUGGGAGUGAAGGCGCUGACCUACAGUGACCUGAUCCAAGCUCAGAAAGAGAUCUCCGCUCACAACCAGCAGCUGCGAGAGCAGACGGAGCAGCUGGAGAAGGACAACAGGGAGCUGAGAAGCCAGAGCCUGCAGCUGCUGAAGGCUCGGUGUGAGGAGCUGAAGUUGGACUGGUCCACACUGUCCCUGGAGAACCUGCUAAAGGAGAAGCAGGCCCUGAAGAGCCAGAUCUCCGAGAAACAGAGGCACUGCCUGGAGCUGCAGAUUAGCAUCGUGGAGCUGGAAAAAAGCCAGCGGCAGCAGGAGCUCCUGCAGCUCAAGUCCUGCGUGCCGCCUGAUGAAGCUAUGUCCCUGCACCUACGAGGCAAAGGUGGCCUGGGCCGAGAGCUGGAGGCGGAACCCAGCCGGCUGCACCUUGAGCUGGACUGCUCCAAAUUCUCACUGCCCCACUUCAAUAGCAUGAGCCCGGAGCUCUCCAUGAAUGGCCAUGCGGCUGGCUAUGAGCUCUGCAACACACUGAGCCGGCCCUCGUCCAAGCAGAACACCCCCCAGUACCUGGCCUCUCCACUGGACCAGGAGGUUGUGCCAUGCACUCCCAGCCAUGGCAGCCGGCCUCGGCUUGAGAAGCUGUCUGGCUUGGCCUUGCCAGACUACACCAGGCUCUCCCCGGCAAAGCUGGUGCUAAGACGCCACCUGAGCCAGGACCACACUGCCAGUGGCAAGACAUCUGCUGGUGAGCUACACCCACGAACUGAGCACGCCAAGGAGAAUGGCCUUCCAUACCAGAGCCCAGGCCUCGCCAAUGGCAUCAAGCUGAGCCCUCAGGACCAUCGGCCCUCAUCCCCUGCGGCCUUACAGAUGACAGGAGACAAAGGCAGUGAGAAGGGUCUGAAGGAGCGAGCCUAUGCCAGCAGUGGGGAGGCCAUCACCAGCCUACCCGUCAGCAUUCCACUCAGCACUGUGCAGCCCAGCAAGCUGCCCGUCAGCAUCCCCCUGGCCAGCGUGGUGUUGCCCAGCCGUGCCGAGAAGGUAAGAAGCACCCCCAGUCCUGUGCAUCAGACCCGAGAGUCCUCGUCCACACUUGAAAAGCAGAUGGGUACUAAUGCCCAUGGUGCUGGGAGCAACGCUGUUGGGAGCAAAAGCCUCACCCUGGCGCCUGCAGGCUUCUAUGCAGGCUCCGUCGCCAUCAGUGGGGCCCUGGCAGGGAGCCCGGCCCCACUCGCUCCUGGAGUUGAGCCCCCUGUCUUCGAUGAGUCCUCCAGCUCGGGGAGCCUCUUCGCCACCAUGGGCUCCCGCAGCUCCACCCCACAGCAUCCUCAGCUGCUUGUGCAGCCCCGGAACUCUGGUCCUGCCUCGCCCUCUCACCAGCUCUGUGUCAGCCCACGACUCAGUGCCACCCAGGGCCCACUCCCUGAUGCAAGCAAAGGGGACCUUCCCUCUGAGGUUGGCUUCUCAGAUCCAGAGAGCGAGGCCAAGAGGAGGAUUAUCUUCACCAUCUCAGCUGGUGCCAGCAGCACCAAGCAGUCACCUUCCAACAAGCACAGCCCUCUGCCUGGGGGUGCUCGUGGAGACAGCAGUCAGAGCCACGGGCAGGACAGUCGAAAACGGGGCAGAAGGAAGCGGGCAUCAGCGGGGACCCCCAGUCUGAGCUCAGGCGUAUCCCCCAAGCGCCGGGCCUUGCCAACCGUCGCCGGCCUCUUCACUCAGUCUUCAGGUUCUCCCCUCAACCUGAACUCCAUGGUCAACAACAUUAACCAGCCUUUGGAGAUCACAGCCAUCUCGUCCCCCGAGAGCUCCCUGAAGAGCUCCCCUGCACCAUACCAGGACAACGACCAGCCCCCCGUGCUCAAGAAGGAGAAGCCCCUGAGCCAGCCCAAUGGGGUCCACUACUCCCCGCUGACCUCCGAUGAGGAGCCGGGCUCUGAGGAUGAGCAAGGCAGCACCAGAAUUGAGAGAAAAAUUGCAACUAUCUCCUUAGAAAGCAAAUCUCCUCCGAAAACCUUGGAAAAUGGUGGCACCCUGGUAGGAAGGAAGCCGAUGCCCUCCAGCGAGCCCAUCAACAGCAGCAAGUGGAAGUCCACCUUCUCACCCAUCGCUGACCUUGGCCUGGCCAAGGCCACUGACAGCCCGCUCCAGGCCAGCUCCGCUCUGAGCCAGAACUCCCUGUUCGCUUUUCGGCCCACCCUAGAGGAGCUCAGCUCAGUUGAUGCCAAGCUGGCCACCCACCCCAGGAAGAGCUUUCCGGGUGCCCUGUCGGGGGCUGGCGGGCUGAGUCCCAUCAGCAACCCCCCCAACGGCUUUGCUUUCAGCGGGAGCCUGGCUGCCGACCUCAGUUUACACAGUUUCAGUGAUGGUGCUUCUCUCUCCCACAAGGCCCCUGAGGUGGCCAGCCUGGGUGCCCCCCUGAGCUUUUCCGCCCCGAGGGGUAAGGAGAGCAGCACGGAGCCUGGCCCUUUUGUGAACAAGAGGCAGCUGGAUGGACUGGGUGGCCCAAAGGGUGAGGGGGUCAAGGGCAGGGAGGGAGAAGUCAGCUUGCCCGCGUGCACACCCUCAGACAAGGCCUCAUCACAUGGCAAGGUGGGCAAGGGCCGGGACCGCGAGCCUGAUUUCAAAAAUGGCCACAAUCUCUUCAUUUCUGCCGCUGCCGUGCCUCCUGGGGGCCUCCUCAGUGGGCCCGGCCUCACCACAGCAGCGUCCUCAGCAAGCGGCACAGCCCCCUCCUCCCAGACACACCGGCCCUUCCUGGGCACUUUUGCACCUGGCCCACAGUUUGCCUUGGGCCCCAUGUCCCUGCAGGCCAACUUAGGCUCAUCUGUGCUACAGUCCUUGUUCAGCUCUGUGCCGGCUGCUGCUGGCCUAGUGCACGUCUCAUCCGCUGCAACCAGACUGACCAACUCUCAUGCCAUGGGCAGCUUUUCCUCCGGUGUGGCAGGUGGUGCAGUUGGAGGUAACUAG